CUCGCGGGCGGCUCCCACAGCGCCCCGCCCGGAGGCUUCCCCGGUGCCCCUGGCGCGGGCGGCUACUCGGGCUACGCACCGCCUCCGCAGCAGGGCUACGGCGCCCCGGGAUACGGCAGCCCGAGCCCGGGCCCUGGAUACGGAGGAGCGCCUGGUGCCUACGGUGGCGGGUAUGCGCCCGGAUACGGCAGCCCGAGCCCUGGUCCGGGCUACGGAGCUCCGGCGCAGGGAUACGCCCAGCCUGGCUACUAUCAGCAGCAGGCCCCCCCGAAGAAGAGCAGCGGUUUCGGAAAGGCGGGACUUGGUCUUGCGGGAGGAGCUGCGCUCGGUCUCGGCGCUGGUGUUGUUGGUGGUCUGUUGGUGGAUGAUGCCAUUGAUCACUUUGAAGAGGAAGGAUACCAGGAUGGCUACCAGGACGGCUAUGACGAUGGUGGUGGAGAUUUUGACGGCGGCGACUUCUAA